AUGGAAGGUUCCGCUCCUUCGUUCCCGUCCCACGAGAGGAGAUCUUCGACACCAAAUGCAUCCUUUUCCAAGCCGGGGCCACGCAAGGUCCGCUCUCCGUUCCUCUCGGCCUCCUCCCCUCGUACCCUACCGUGCCCCGUUCAGCCGCGUAUCACUUCGGACGAUGUCGUCACGGCUUCCUCCAAAGAACGCAAGCAGCCGCUAUCCGAACAGAUGUCCCAUCCUGAGCUGGGUCCCCGGCCUUCGUUGGAUCAUCUGCCCUCGGCUUCGACCGCGGCGACGAGCGACAAGGCCGGCGCACCUGCAAUCGUCAAGCCGCUCAAUCUGCUCAAACUGGCCUCGUCGGUCGUCCAAUCCCGCAACGGAUCGGUACUCAGUCGAGGUUACAUCGUCAAGCGUGAUUACAGACCCGUCCAUGAUGUCGCUUCCCCUUUGAGUGUGACGACUAUGUCCACCCGGCCCGAUCAGAUCCAUCUCACGGGCGCCGACAACUUUCGGGGAGUCGACGACUGGGGCGUGUAUGGGUUGGCUCAGCCGACUGAGACGGGCCUAAGGACGGUCCUAUCCAUGCUGAGGGCUCAAGACAUACUCGUUGCGCCCACAUCAUCUGGCAGCGCCGCCGGCAUCUCGAGUCUCCCCCACUUGCCCGCCAAGAGAAAAGGUCGUCACGUCGUCUGGUUUUGCACAAGGGAGGAGCCCAUCAUCUACUUGGGUUCACAGCCUUUCGUUCUCAGGGACGCCGCGCACCCGACCCGGACGUACUCAAUUUCGGAUCGAGCCGAAAAUUUGGAAGAGAUCGAGAAGCGCCUCAAGGCCGAUAUCCUCAAAGAGGCCCAGCGGUACGGGGGCGUCAUCCUCGUGCAGGAAGAGGUUCGACCACUCGAGAUCGUCAACUCGUGGAUCGCAGCCGAUUCGGUCCGGACCGUGAGGGAGGUGUGGGAAGAGGUCAUUGCGGCGGGGUACAACCUCACCUACCACCGGACGCCCGUAACGGCUGACCAGUCGCCGGAGGACGGGUAUCUCGACACGUAUACGGAAUUGAUCAGGGACGUGCCGACGAGUAGCUUGCUCGUAUUCAACUGUGGUAUUGGCGUCGUGAGGACGACGUUCGCCAUGACCACAGCCAUCCUGGUCAGGAGGAUGCAGAGACUCAAAGAAGGGCAAUACGACUUGAUCGACUCGCCGACUCGACCUCAAGACGUCAUUGCAGAGUCGGGUGGUGGACUUUCGGUCACAUCGGGAGGUCAGGUGCAGGACCCAAAGAUGCUGGGCCUAGGCAAGGCGAGAAGCCUGUUGAAAGAGCGGAAAGACCAAGCCGAAAGGGACAAGAGUCUGUUGAGACUGAUGACGGUCCUGCAGACGGGCUUGGCUACUAGACCAGCUGCCGGUGGUCAAGCCGCGAUGCUCGGUUUGCUGCUCGCUCAACCCCAGCUCUUGGAGAAUCUGCGGUCAGUCCUGGCUCGAACCUUUGCGUCCACAGCUGAGAGGUCCGGGAGCUGAGCCCUCGUUAACCCUUGCAGAACGGCUCUGGUCGGCCAGUAUGACCUCAUCCUUUCGCUCCUCUCCGUCAUCGACGACGCGCAGCACCUCAAGCAGGUCGUCGACACGGUUGUCGACCGCCUCGACUUCAAAGUCAACCUGCGCGAAUCCAUUCUCGAGCAUCGCAUCCGAUACGCUUCUCUGGCUCUAGUCGACAACCAACGUCCCUCGGCUUCUCACGAGCGAAUGAGCAAAGCGCUGGCAGCGUUGGAGCGUUAUUUCUUCUUGAUCGCCUUUGCGGCCUUCAUCAAUGACGCUUUCAGCGCUUCGUCGAGCCCGGUAGCUCAAAAUGCCAGCGGUAAGCCGUCUACAGAACGUAGAAUAGGCGCACCUCUCAAGUUCUCGAUGUGGCUCAAGGAACGAACCGAGAUUGGCAAGAUGCUCGCCCGGCUGAAGAAGACGGGGCAAGGGCACUUUUGGGUCUUUUCACCCAUCCAAGAUUUAUCGGCGAUCGCUCGGGGCGAAGCAGGGCAGCUCACUUUGACCGACCACAACCUCCAGGGAGAAGGAGAUUUGAGCGAGAAGUUGGCCCACGUGCAGCGCAAGGGGAACCAGGUCGUCGGCGACGAAUGGGCGCAGCAGAUCGUCAGGAACCGUGCCGGUAUCAUCUUGAGACCGGGGAUGAUCUUGAAGAACGACCAGUGGAGGAUUGCAGCAGCCGAUGCGCCGGCUGGUGACGAUGCGAGUUCCUCCGACGCCGACUCGGGAUCCACGAUCCGGGGAGCGAUCAACUUUCGCCGAGUCCCAAACUCCUCCCUCUACGGACUCUCGCAGCCUUCGCAGGACGGCAUCGUCAAGGUUUUGGAGGAGGUUCGUCAGGGCAUGGUCGACCCUCAAGCCGCGAUCGUGUGGAUCAAUCUUCGCGAAGAGCCACUCGUCUACAUCAACGGUACGCCAUACGUCUUGCGGCAGGAAUCGAUCAGUCUGCGCAACGUCAAAUCUUAUGCGGGCAUCUCGAGCACCCGCUUGGAGCUGCUCGAAGACCGGCUCAAAUCAGACAUCCUGAGCGAGCUGAAACUCUUCGAUGGGCGAUUACUGCUACACACUGAAGAAGGAGACGGGUCGGUCCACCCCGUUUGGGAAGUCGUACAGGAACCCUUCGAGGCCUCCGUCAAGACGCUGCGCGAGAUCUUUACCGAGUUGCAGCACGACGACAAGAGGCGGGCCCUGGUCGGCCCAGCGUUCGAAUUUAUGCGCAUCCCGAUCACGGCCGAACGACCACCCCAUUUCCAAGAUGUGCAAGAAAUCGUCGAGAUCGUGGCCCGCCUACCUGUCGACGAGACGGCCGUGAUCGUCAAUUGCCAGCUCGGGCGAGGGCGGUCGACGCGGGCUCAGAUCAUCAUCACGCUGGUGCAAAAGUGGAUGCGAUCGAAAGGGCAAGGAUGGUCUAGCGAUGGCGCCAGGUCGACGCGGUACUCGUAUACCGUCAUAAACAACUUGCUGCGCACCAUUCGCUCGGGUCAAGAAGUCAAAACCGCGGUCGACGAAGCGAUCGAUGCGUGUCGGGAGACGUACGAUUUGCUGGAAUCGAUCGAAGACGCGAGACAACAGGCCGAGGAUGCCAAGGAUCAGUCCGAAUUGCGCAACAAGUUCAUAGCCAAAGGUCUACAAAGUCUAAGGUGAGGUCGAUGAGGCUCGCACUUUUCGAGACCUUGACACUGACUCUUCCUUGUCGGACACUCCAGGUCAUACUAUUUCUUGAUCAUCUUUUCAUCGUUCCUCAACGAAUGCAAAGCCGAGACGUGGAACGAGCUCCAUUCCUCGGCGAACUCGUACGAAACCUGGGUUCGAGAGCGGCCCGUGUUCAAGACGAUCGAAAGGGAACUCGAUUCGGCGGGCAUUGAGGCUUUGAUGCCUUUGGAGAAACCUGUCGGAGGUACCGAGGGCCACGCUCUGAGCGACGAGGUCGAGGCUUUCGUGGCCAAACGGUCGGGGAGAAUCUUGUCGGCGUUCACGCUGCUCAAGUCGGAUUUCUUCGUGGGUUCACCUUCAAGUUUGUGCCUAAAAUCACGGUACUGACACCACGUUCUCUACCCCGCAGUCUGGUCUGCAAAAAACGUCUCUGGCCGAGCGCGUCGAAGGCGCUCCCAAUUUCCGCCGUGUCCGCCUUUCGCUCGACACCUCCUCGGACCAGUCAAGAGAUUUGACGGGCUCGGUUUACAUCGACCCUUCGACCCCGUUGGUAUAUGGGUCGGGCAUGCCUACGGUCGAAGGCUUGCGACGGGCUCUGGAAAGGAUGGGGGCCAAAGAGAAGCCGAUCGUUUGGACGUCGAUGAGGGAGGAGCCCGUGAUCUGUGAGUUUGAACUGAGCCAGUAUAUAGUGAGGCCUGUGAAUGUGCCCACUGACAUAUGUCGCGAUGUUACCCCGUAACAGAUGUAAGCGGGGGACGACCCCAUGUCCUGCGCCUCAUCGACGAACCCCUAGAGAACGUAAUCACGACAGGCGUGACAGCGGCGACGGUGGAGGCGAUGGAAGUUGCCCUGCAACUCGAUCUGCGUAAAGAAGCCGAGGAGAACGACGGCAAGAUCCUAUUGCACGACGAGGUGGCGGAAAACGGAAACUUUAUCGUCACGGCCGUCUGGGAGUCGGUGCACCACAACGAGUUGAGUGGAGCGACCACAUCCCAUCCGUGAUUCUCAUGCCAUGUUGCUUAUAUUCAGCCUGGCUCACAGUAUCCUGACGCCUAAGGAAGUCUUCGCACUCAUGCGUCAAGAAGGGUUCCAGGUCGACUACGAACGGCUGCCCGUCACGGACGAGCAAGCGCCGUUGGCGGGCGUGUACACUCGAUUGGAGCAGCGCGUCAUCUCUGGAGUGAACACAGAUGCCAACUUUGUGUUCAAUUGUCAGAUGGUAAGUGAUCCAUGCCGUGAUUGUCAGAAACGGGGCUCGAAAUCCCCACUAAUCUGAUCCUAUGUCUCCUUCCGCAGGGCCGUGGAAGAACGACAACCGGGAUGUCAGUCCUUAUGAAGGACAGUCUCCAUCUUGUCGUGCCGCUGACAGUGAACGUUACCGACGAUGUACAGGGUUGCGGCAAGGCUGGUCUACAACAUCCUCUUCGACGACUCGCUCGCUUCCUCACACCUCACGGGAUCAAUCUUGCUCGAGGCCCCAAACGGCGCGAACGAUCCCGAGAUCUCGGUCACGUGGGACGGCCACGAGUCGGAUCCUUACAUCUCCGGUGAGUACAAGAUUGUGCUCCAGCUCGUGUCGCUCUUGCAGUACGGCAAGCUAGCCAAGAAGCUUGUCGAUCGCGCCAUCGAGUCAGUACCACAUGAACAACGAACGGGCAUGAUCACACGUGACUAACGUACUCCUCUCCCACGGCCUUACAGUACAUGUGAGGGAGUACAGAACCUGCGCAGAGCCGUGUAUGACUUCAAGCUUCGCGCCGAGGCGUCGGACGAGGGUUCAAAGAAGCACCGCAAAAUCUUUGGCGUUGCGGUCAACUACUUAUACCGGUGCGUCCAUCGGCCACUGAUCUGCCGCGCUCUGCCAGUGCUGA